AUGGACUCGGCAAGGACCGAUCUGGUCAAUGUCCUCAAUGCCGCUGCCUCUCAGAAUCAACAGUUGACUGCCGAGGCAACUGCGACACUGAAAGGAUACGAGACCUCGCCGGGCUUCUACUCGUUAUUGCAGGAUGUAUACCUCGACAAGUCUUUGCCAGCAGAGGUUAGGCAAGUUGCCAUUAUUUAUCUGAAGAAUGGUAUCGACAAAUAUUGGAGACGGACUGCGAAAAAUGGUAUUCAGCCAGAGGAGAAGGCUAGGAUCAGAUCACGGUUACUCGAGGGCUUUGAUGAACCCAGUCGCCUCUUAGCGAAUCAGAACGCUGUCUCUGCAUCACGCAUUGCUCGCCUUGAUUACCCCAUCGACUGGCCAUCCCUGUUCAGUGAUCUGUCGGGGAUCAUACGCUCAGCAGCAGCGGCAUCUGAUUCUUCGUCCCGUUUGAGAUUGCAGCGAGGCCUGCAAGUUUUGCAUCAGGUUGUCAAGGCGCUUUGCUCCCUUCGUCUCAUGAAAGCGCGCCAGAACCUUCAGCAAGUCACACCGGAGCUCGUGCGGUUCGUGGGAGAAGUGUACGUUCAUCACGCGGAGGAUUGGGUUGGCAUGGUUGGUGCUGGCGUGGAGCAGGCAGAUCCUGCUCUUCUGGAGUCGAGUAUGGAGAUUUCCAUUUUCGCUCUGAAAACGUUGAGGAGACUUGUGGUGCACGGAUACGAAUUUGCGAACCGCGCUACAGAGGCGAAAGCUUUCUUCCAGCUUUCACACUCGCAUCUCGGAAGGUUUAUGAAUGUAUAUUCGCCUGCACCAUCACCAUAUACUGUGGUCAUCCGCAAGCACAUUCUCCUAUUCGGAAAGCUUUUUCUCGACCUUUCUCAGCACCAGCCUUCGAGCUUCAUGUUACUUCCAGAUGCGGUUGCCCUACUUCGGACGUAUUGGAAUACCAUCGAGUCACAAGCAGAAGCAUUCAACACCACAGAGAAAGACGAGCACCGUGAGUUUUUGGAGAAACUGUGCAUUCAGGGUAUGCAGCUGCUCAAAUGGUGCGCGAAAACCCUCACAAAUCCAGCGCCCGCCAUCAAGUUGCGUGAAAAGGAUGAGAAGGAAGAGGUACAAGCUGCGGCUCGAGUGUUGAAGGAGGAGGUAUUCACACCUGACAUGCUGACGAGGAGCAUGGAGGUUCUGAUUACGAAAUACCUGGUGCUGAGACCGGACGAUCUGCAGAUGUGGGAGGAUGAUGGAGAAGAAUGGAUGAACGAGGAAGAGCAAGAUGCGUGGGAAUAUCAGCUUCGUCCAUGUGCUGAGCGCCUUUUGCUCGAACUGAUGCAACACUUUAGACAACUGUUAACAGCGCCCCUGUUAGGCGUUUUGCAAAGUCUCGCUAACCCCACGGACCUCAACGGAUUGCUGCUAAAGGAUGCGGUAUACAAUGCUUUCGGACUGGCUGCAAGCGUGUUGUUCGAUGCCGUUGACUUUGACGCCAUCAUCACUGGGCAGUUGGUCAAUGAAGUACAGAUCCAAGAGCCCAUGUACAAGAUCAUCCGACGUCGCAUAACCAUUCUCAUCGGCCAAUGGAUCUCGGUCAAAGUGUCGAAGCCCGUGAGAGUGCACGUCUACACUAUCUUCCAGCACUUGCUGAACCCGAACGAUCCGAUCAACGACUUUGUCGUGAGGUACACGGCUGCACAGUACUUGAAGGCGUGUGUUGACGAGUGGGAUUUUGAAACAGAUGUAUUCCUGCCGUUCAUGAAAGAUGUUCUGGAGCGCACCAUCGCCUUGAUGGGUGAGGCGGAACAAAUUGAAAGUAGGAUGAAAAUCUUGCAGGUUAUUGAUGUUAUAAUCGACCGUGUUGAGCUGCGCGUCGCUCCCUAUGCGCAAAGAAUCGCGGAACUCUUGCCACCACUGUGGGAACAGAGUGGUGAUCAGCAUCUCUUCAAAUCGAGCAUUCUGGUGACGUUGACGAAGCUUGUGAAUGCCAUGCGAGAGAACUCUGUUGGUUUCUACCCCAUGGUGUUGCCCCUCAUCCAAUAUUCGUGUGAUCCUACCCAGGAUGCUCACGUUUAUUUGUUGGAGGAUGCGUUGGAGUUAUGGUCAGCUGUCCUGCAAAUGGCUCCGUCAUCGACCCCUGAGCUUUUGUCCUUGAUGCCAUCAGCCAUUCAAUGUCUUGGAAUUGGUAGCGAGAUUUUGAGACGAGUAUUGCAGAUCGUCGAGAGCUAUUGUCUGUUGGAUCUGGAUGGAGUUGUCUCGCAAUAUGCUGUACCUCUCUUCACUGCCCUGGCGGCUUUGUUGGGCGGUUUGAAGCCCGAGACGUCGCAGGCAAUCGGCUAUGUAGCCGAGACUAUCUUCCAAGGUGCGCCGGUUCAGGGCUAUGCCGAAGCUCUUGCGCAAACCGGUUUCGUAAGCAAGUUGAUAUUGGGGGUCCUGGAUGAUAAGGAGCAAACAAUUGUGCUCACGCACUACCUCUCGAUGCUGUCGAGGAUUGCUAUGCAGGAUGCCAACCUGCUCCUUCAAUAUAUCGAAUUGGUUUCGCAGCAGAACCAUGCUGUACCGCGACCAGUUAUUACCGCCGUUAUUGACCAGUGGGUUCUGAAGUUUGACAAUGUUGGUCACCCUAAGCACCGAAAGCUGAUUGCCAUGGGGUUGACCGCCACGUUGCGGACAAACAACGCGGAUGUCUUUGGCCGUCUUGGUUCCUUGAUGUCUGUUUGGUUUGACGUGUUGAGCGAAAUCAAGGAAAGUGACGGAGAUGCGCUCGUAUACUGGCAGAAUGACGACGCGGCAUACGAUUACGCUGAUGUCGAUACCCCCGAAUCAAAACGCAGACGUGAGCUGCUCAAAGCUGACGCUGUUCAUACGGUUGAGCUAAAGGAGUAUGUUCGAAAGACUAUGGCACAGGUCGAGGCCGAAAACGGCGGAAGUGAAGCAUUCAAGCAAAGGUGGCUUGUCCAGGUUGACAGCGCACUUUUAGAUCAGAUGAGUACAGUGUUGUAAGAUUACAUCGGAUAUGCAUAGCAUUGGCGAGAAGCACUUUGGGCGCAGGAAGGCAUAUGAUACCAUAUUAUAGAAUUUGUUAUUAAGAAGAGCCUUACAACUC